ACAUAAAGAACAGACCUUAAUUAUAUAUAAAUAGUUAGCGUGGUCGCUCUGUCUUUUCUUUGAUGAUAAAGAUGCAGAAAAGUGCGCCAAAUAUUUUAAUAACAGGUACACCUGGUGUGGGCAAAAGUCUAAUGGCUCGUAUGUUAUCAGACAUAAGUGGAUUAACAUGGAUAGACAUCAAUAAAUUAGCUAUAGAAAAUGGAUGCUUGAAGGAAUACGACGAGAUGUAUCAAUGUAGAGUGUUAGAUGAAGACGAAUUGCUAGAUGGAAUGGAGAAUUUUAUGAGCGAAGGAGGAAAUAUCGUAGAUUAUCAUGGUGCUGAAUUGUUCCCUGAAAGAUGGUUUGAUAUUGUAUUUGUACUCAGAACAGACAAUACCAUCUUAUAUGACCGCCUUAAAGAAAGGGGUUACAGUGGCAAGAAAUUGGAAGAUAAUAUAGAUUGUGAAAUUUUUCAAACCAUUCUCGAGGAGGCAAAGGCAUCUUAUAGGGAAGAAAUAGUACAUGAAUUAGUAAACAAUAACAAGGAUCAGUUAGUAGAAAAUAUACAUAGAGUAUGUCAGUGGUUACAACAAUGGAAAAUAGAUAAUGCACAAACAUGAAGAGUUGAAUAUUUAUGUGUUAACAUUUAUCAUGUACCUCUAUUGUUUUGUACUUUCCUGCUAUCAUUAAUUAGUAAAGUUCAAUAUGUAUAUACAUAUUAUUAUAUGGGAAAUGGAUGUGUUGACUUGGUAUUUACUCAUUUCUCAUAGUUAACA